UUGAUUUGACUGAAUUUGAUUCUACUGAAUUUGUUUUAACUUGAUUUAACCUGAAUUGACUUGAUUUGACUUAAUUGUACUUGACUGAAUUUCAUUUGACGAUUUCCGGGAAAAAUAUGCACUUUAAUCUCAGAAUCCACGCUGCUCUAUUUUGUAUUAUUAUUGUUUUAUUUUCAUAAAGGUUUUACACAUGGUCUACUCAUGUUGCGUAGAAGAUGCCGACUUUAUAAUCGUUUAGAAAUGUUGUCCAACAAUCGUGUGCUGAUGCAAAAACCCAAUAAAGGACUGUUAAAGCGAUCAUGAAUCACGUUCCUGACAGAUUGUGGUGCGUGCGAGGGGAAGUUUCGCGUGGCAGAUUUGAGCAGUUUAAAGACGCGCGCACACACACACACGCACACACACACACACGCGCACACACAAACCACUCAGGGCCACAGCCAGUCGCCUGCUUUGUGUUCACUGUUGCAAAACUCUUGCAAAAACAGGAAUAAGUGAGAGGAGCUGAUAAACAAACAGACAGGAAGUGAAUGUCACAGUGGCAACGAGCAGCAGAGACAAAAACACGGAGAAGAAGAAGGAGAAUGGUGAACUUCAGACGGUUUGUGGUGUUUUCCUGUGGGAUUCUGGUUCUUCGGUUCACAGCAUCAGUCGCUCAGCUGUUCACCUCCAUCAUCGUCAGACCUGGAGGUGAAGUCACUUUACCUUGUGAAAACAUGGUGGACGAAAACUGUGCCAGCACCACGUGGCUCUUCGGUCGCUCACCGCUGAGUCCGUCUACGGUGCUGGUUCGCUCUGGACGCGUGGUCGUUCCCGAGACUGAACCGGAGCGACUACGCGUCACAGCCAACUGUUCUCUGGUUCUAAAGGAGGUCACGGAGGAGGAUGUCGGUCGCUACGGCUGCAGAAACACCCACACAUCCAAAGACUCUCAGGUUGAACUGUCUGUCAUCAACAUGAAUACACAGACGAAAGGAGACGGCAAGAAGGUGAAAUUUACGUGCUCUGUGACGACGUACGGAAACUGCAGCCUCACAGUGAAGUGGCUCCACGUCAAGACAAAAGAGGAUAAAGACAAUAAGGACAUGAAGAUUUCAGACUGUUUGUCCACUUUGGCAUCUCAACCUCAUCAUGUGCUGUACGCCCUGAGGAAGUUUCUGACUUGUGAAGUGACAGAUCGUCGCACGCACAAAGUGGAAUUGUUUACAUUCAACCCUGAGUCAACAGGAAAAAACAAAUCAGAAAGUGAAAACAAGGAGAGGAAACCACCACUAGAGGAUCCUCAGCAGCAGCAGCAGCUGCAGUGGUGGUGGUACUUUGCUCUGGCCGUUGUGGUUUUAGCCGUUCUCUUACUAAGCGCCGUCGCCCUCGUCAUGUGGCUGAGAAACAGAGGAAACAAAAGCAAAAUGGAAGAAACCAUGGCUGAUCCUGGAGAUUCUGUUGCCUACGCCUCCAUCUCCCACCCCCCUGGCAUCAGCUCCCAGAUUCGGGGUGGUGAUUGUAAAGUGACCUACAGCACCGUGAAUCUUUCCUUAUCUCCUGCAAGGAACUGCGCGGCUGAGCCCGGCAACCUUUACGCUACCGUCAACAAACCACAAAAAUAACCUGUACGUCAUCCGUAUCGUUAUGUUUCAUAUCAAUAUUUAUAAUUAUUAUGAUAACUCUCUGAGCUUGGAAAGUAAACAUGGACUGAAUUUACCCAGAAUCAGAAUUCAAAAUAUAGAUUUAAAACAAGUUAUGUUUUUAUAAUUGUGUGUAAGUGUGCGUGUGUUAAUGUGUCUGUUGAGUCACAAGGGGGAGCUAUAUGUCAAGUUCCUGCUGCAAUGAGAAAGUGAAGGCAAACAUGACUGUAGUGUGUAUUUUAUAAAUAAGGUAUAUUUCACUUAAUGUUCAGGCUGUCGUGCAUAUUACUGUAAAUACUGUUGGGUAGAGUAAUACUUUUUUUAAAAUUAUCUAAAAUAAUAAUGAAAAAUACAAUAUAAAUUGUAUAUUUCAUGAUAAGUGUGUAUAUAAAUAGACAGGAGAUACAAAUGAUUUACAAAUCCGGGUUGUGGGUUCGAUUUCAAUAAAAACAAUAUUCUGUGUA